AUGCAAGCCGUGCAGCUGUCCUUGCCUAAGGAUGCCAUCAGCGGCAACCACUUCAAUGUCUACGAUGGAGUUGGUGGAAACAACCUCGGGUCCGGCAGUCAAUACUUCAACACUGAUGCUGGUGUUGUCAUCCACUACGACGGCACCGGUAACCCUACUUUCAACAUAUACCUUCGAGCAUCGAGUCUCGCAGGCAAAUCAUCACUUCUGAGGCCAACGAAGAGCGUUCAAGAUCUAAAAGAUGGACAGCAAACUCAACUCAUCGCAGAGGUUCACAGAUCCCCAUCUUUCCAGAAUAAGCUCAGAAGGAGUCGGCCCGCUACACGUCCGGAAGGCAAGGCACCUUCACUACCACCAAGGAGGCAUAAUUCGAGGCCAGGAUUGAUUGGGAGUUACAGCAAUGAGUCUAUUCCCGAGAUACCAGCGGCAUCGUCCGCCGAUCACCCUGAACCGGACAUCGCACCACUCCCACAAGCAUUAAUCAGUAUUGAAUCAGAUCUUGCUAGCAACAACAAACUAAUUGAGCUCAGCCAAGUACCGGAAGACACCCCUUCUCUAGCUUCCACCCGAUCAGCUAGUCCUUCACCUACACGCAAGGAUGACGACCAGUCCAGUGGCCGAGGAGAGGUACAAAUAGGUGACUGGAGCCUAAGCACAGCCAUACCGCAUCGCAAACGGGACUUGUUCAGAGCAUCAUCAGCUGUGGCCUUAUUUUCUAUUAUGUCACACAUAGGUAUAGUCGGUACAAUCUCAUAUCCGGACACGAGGUCGACGGCCGCCACGCCUGCCUGA